AUGCUUUCAGCGCUAGCGGUGGUGCUGCCGUCACACGCUGUCGUAGGCACCACCGAGUCCUCGCUAGCGCUCGUUCUGCUUGAAGACGCCCUACAAAAUGCCCAAUUCGCUCAGUCCAAUCCCAGUCAAUCGGGCCCACACCUGAGUUACCUGCCCAAGGCGCGCCAGAACUACAUAGGCGGAAACGAAGACUCCCCAGGCCCCACAAGCCCAUUGCAAUUCUACGCCCCAAAGAGCUAUUUUUCCAAAAAGUGUUCCUCCCUGGCUGUUUUGGACGUUUCCUUUUGCGACGCCACCAGCACCGUUUUCGCCGCGGCAGGGUCCACGGUUCUGACGUGGGACGUAAUUAAGGCCCAGCGUACGGCGGUGUCGCGGCCUUCGGCGCCAGAUCUGGCGGCAGCGUGCGCCUGGCUCAGUCCGCACUGCGCUGUUUCUGCUGGCGCCGCCUGCGCUGUGAGCUUCUGGGACACUCGCGCGGGCGCCCGAGCGGUGCAUCUGGCAAAAGUGGCUCGAGACAAUUUGUACGCUUUGGGCGCUGCUGAAAACGGUAUUUACGCUGGCGGCGCCGACGGGAAGGUGCAAUUUGUCGAUUUGCGGAACGAGGUCCACGAGGAGCUUGAUUUUGGGCGCCACGGUGCUGUUGUGGGCAUGGACACCGAGGAGUUGGCGGUGGUGUUUGAGGACGGGGCCGUGCGAAUGGCUGCAAAUGGGGCGAGAGAGGCCAGUUUCUGCAGCGAGGCCGUGGCUGCGAAAUCGCGGGUCGGUUGCGCUCUGCUGGAAGGAACGGUGGCUGUUGGCAGCGAAAACGGGGUUGUCAGGCUUUGGAAGGGGGAUAAUCUAAAGGAGAUUGAUGUGCAAUUGGCGGUGUCGUGUUUGGAGUUUUGGGAUGAUGACCUUGUGGGCACCGCUGGAGAGUGUCUCUGGAGGUGGUCGCAGGCCGGUCGCGGUGAGACAUAA